AUGCCUGAACACACCACCUUAAGAUUGGGCUCCACCGCCCCAGACUUCCAAGCCGAUACCUCCAACGGCCCAAUCUCCUUCCACGAGUUCGUUGGUAACAGCUGGGCUGUGAUCUUCUCCCACCCAGACGACUUCACCCCUGUCUGCACCACCGAAUUGGGUGCCUUCGCCAAGUUGGAGCCUGAAUUCGCCAAGAGAGGUGUCAAGUUGAUUGGUUUGUCUGCUAACAACACCGACUCCCACAAGGCCUGGAUCAAGGACAUUGAUGAGGUGACUGGCUCCAAGUUGACCUUCCCCAUCAUUGCUGACCCAGAAAGAAAGGUUGCUCACUUGUACGACAUGAUCGACUACCAAGAUGCCACCAACGUCGACGACAAGGGUGUGCAGCUCACCAUCAGAUCCGUGUUCAUCAUCGACCCCAAGAAGAAGAUCAGAUUGAUCUUGUCCUACCCUGCUUCUACUGGUAGAAACACUGCUGAAGUCUUGAGAGUCGUUGACUCCUUGCAAACUGGUGACAAGCACAGAGUCACCACCCCAAUCAACUGGGUUCCAGGAGAUGAUGUGAUUGUGCACCCAUCAGUGUCCAACGAAGAGGCCAAGACUUUGUUCCCUAAGUUCAGAAUCAUCAAGCCAUACUUGCGUUUGACCCCAUUGGAACUCUCUGAGCAGAAGUAA